AGCAUCCCCACACCCAGGUAUACCCUACCAUUAACAAUAUCAUGCUGCUCUGCAAGGCCACCCCCACACCCAGGUAUACCCUACCAUUAACAAUAUCAUGCUGCUCUGCAAGGCCACUGGCAUCCCCACACCCAGGUAUACCCUACCAUUAACAAUAUCAUGCUGCUCUGCAAGGCCACUGGCAUCCCCACACCCAGGUAUACCCUACCAUUAACAAUGUCAUGCUGCUCUGCAAGGCCACUGGCAUCCCCACACCCAGGUAUACCCUACCAUUAACAAUAUCAUGCUGCUCUGCAAGGCCAUCCCCACACCCAGGUAUACCCUACCAUUAACAAUAUCAUGCUGCUCUGCAAGGCCACUGGCAUCCCCACACCCAGGUAUACCCUACCAUUAACAAUAUCAUGCUGCUCUGCAAGGCCACUGGCAUCCCCACACCCAGGUAUACCCUACCAUUAACAAUAUCAUGCUGCUCUGCAAGGCCACUGGCAUCCCCACACCCAGGUAUACCCUACCAUUAACAAUAUCAUGCUGCUCUGCAAGGCCACCCCCACACCCAGGUAUACCCUACCAUUAACAAUAUCAUGCUGCUCUGCAAGGCCACUGGCAUCCCCACACCCAGGUAUACCCUACCAUUAACAAUAUCAUGCUGCUCUGCAAGGCCACUGGCAUCCCCACACCCAGGUAUACCCUACCAUUAACAAUAUCAUGCUGCUCUGCAAGGCCACUGGCAUCCCCACACCCAGUUUCCGCUGGGUAAAGGAUGGUAAGAAGUUGAACUGGAUGGGACAUAAUGGUUCUGGAAAUUUCACAGCCCAUGGCGACAAGCCGCUCAGUGAUUACCAAGGACACUACCGUUGUUACGCCGACAACACCCUGGGAACAGCCAUGACACACACCGUCAAACUCAUCACUGAAUCGACACCGACCCUCCCUAAGCAGAAGAGAUCACAUAAAACGGCAGAGGAAGGAGCUAGUGUUGUUCUCCACUGCAACCCUCCCAGGAGCUCCACCAUCCCUCACAUACACUGGAUGGACAAGAAACUGCUCCAUAUAGGUCAGAGUGAGCGUGUGACGACAGGUCUGGAUGGGAACUUGUACUUUGCCAAUGUGUUGAAGAACGACAGUCGAGAUGACUACACUUGUAAUGCUCAAUACAUCUCUGCGAGGACCAUCCUGCCUAAAGAACCCAUCUCACUCACUGUCACACCUAGUAAUGACGUGGCUCGUGGCAGGAAGCCCCAGCUGAUGCAACCUCAGGGCCCCCACAGCUCUCACCUGGCCCUCAGGGGCCACAGCCUGGUACUGGAGUGUAUACCUAAAGGGCUUCCUACUCCUUCGGUAUUGUGGAAGCAUAUGGAUGUUAAUCUGUCGGAGACAGGAGCCUGGACAGAUAACCACGGCAGGUGGCUUCGGUUUGACAGCAUAACCCAGAAGGCAGACGGAGAGUAUGAGUGUCUGGCUUCAAACACACAUGGAUCCGUCACACACUCCUACACUGUCACUGUGGAAGCUGAGCCGUACUGGGUGAAGGAGCCCCCGUCACUGUUGUACUCCCCUGGGGAGACAGUGAGGCUAGACUGUCAGGCCGAGGGUAUCCCCACCCCUACUGUCACAUGGAGUAUAAACGGAGAGCCUGUCGCAGAGGUAGACAUUGACCCUAGGCGGCGGGUGACCGGAGGGGUGUUGGUCCUAAAAGAUGUAGUGUUUGGUGAUACGGCGGUGUACCAGUGUGAAGCCACCAACAAACACGGAAAUAUCCUCAAAAAUACAUACAUCUAUGUCAUUGAGCUGCCAGCUCAGAUCCUGUCCUCUGAUGGGGUGGUAUAUCAAGUUACGGAGGGGGGCGUGGCCAGACUGCAUUGUGAGGCCUUCGGGUCACCCCGUCCACAGGUCACAUGGGAGAGUGAGGAUCUCCAGAACACCUUGCUGUCGGACAGUCGUGUGUCUCAGCUGACCAAUGGGACGUUAGAGCUGUUUAAUAGUAGCAGGGAGGACAGUGGAGUCUACACCUGCUCCAUUACACACAGCAACAUCUCCAUCACCGCUCACCUGGAGGUCCUCAAACGUACGGUGAUGCUGAUCGGUCCCCAGGCUGUAGAGGUUACGAGGGGAGGAGACUCUUGGUUGGACUGUCAUUUCACCUUUGACCCCCAUCUGAACCCACCCCAGAUCCUCUGGAGGAAAGACGGACAGAAGAUCAUGGAGUCUUCACUGGGAGACAAGUACACUCUACUUGGGAAUGGAACCCUCAGAGUGACAGACGUUCAAUCAGCAGACGAAGGGCUUUACUCCUGUGAGGUCAUCACAGAUCUGGACAGCGUAUUGGCCAGUGGCUCCAUCACUGUAGUGGCCUGUCCCAGCCCUCCAGUGUUUCUGUCUCUGUCUGAAGAGCAGGACCACAACCUGACUCUCAGCUGGACACCUGGAAACACACACAACUCCCCCACCACAGAGUUUGUGGUGGAGGUAAAGGAGGAGAAACAUCCUGAGGGGAAGUGGGAGUCACACCGUGUGACUGGGGAUGUCAAUCAUCUGGAGUUACACCUCCUCCCGUACUCCACCUACCGCUUCCGGGUCAGCGGGGUCAACAGACUGGGGAGGAGCGACCCGUCAGAAAUCUCUGAGGCCUACAGCACCCUACCCACAGUUCCUGAAAGUUACCCUCUAAAUGUGCGUAGUGAGUCUACAGAACCAGGAACACUGGUCAUCAUGUGGGAGGAAAUUGACCGUCGUUUGUACAACGGGUCGGGGUUCCAGUAUAAGGUGUCAUGGCGACAGGUUCAGGAGCAUCACUGGAGCCAUACCCAUGUUCCACAUCCUCCCUACCUGGUGAACGGAACCAGAGCGUUCUCUAGUUAUGAGAUGAAGGUCCAGGCUAUCAACUCUCUGGGCGAGGGGCCGCAUCCUGUUCCCGUUAUAGGACACUCUGGAGAGGACUACCCGCUGGCCUCUCCAUCUAAAAUCAGUGUGUCAGUAGAUAACAGCUCAGCCAUUGUAAGGUGGCAGCCGGUUGACACACACACGGUCCAGGGUCACCUGCUGGGUUAUAAGAUAUAUCUGAAGAGGUUGGGUUCCCAGGGAGGAAGAGAGCAUAGAGUGAUGGGACGCAGAGAGGUGAGAGAGAUUAAGGGAGGAGUGGAGCGAGGGACGGAGAGAAAGGAGGAGAGGUGGGUUGUGGAGGUGGACGGCAACAAGACAAAAGAGGUGGUGACGGGGCUCAAACUCUAUUCCCUGUACGAGCUGUCAAUGACAACCUUCAACAGAAAGGGGGAGGGGCCUCACUCACCGACACACCCCUUCAGGACACCGGAGGGAGUUCCUGGUCCUCCUGCCUCUCUGGAUUUUGAGAGUCCGUCGGAGACAGAGUUAACCCUUCACUGGAGGCCCCCCACUCAGCCCAACGGACAACUUGUGGGAUAUGUUCUACAGUACCAACAGAUUUCAGACAGCCGAAACAGUCCUCCUCAGGUAGAGGUGAUCUAUGACCCCACGGUGACCCACUUACCGUUGGAAGGUCUGGACCCUCAUAGCCGCUACGUCUUCUACCUGAGGGGACGCACAUCUGCCGGACAGGGACCCCCAAUCACACGGGAGUGUGCCACCCUGCUGGACGGAGUACCUCCCAGUAACAUCAGUACAGUGGUAGGAGAAAGGUCAGUCAACCUGAGCUGGGUCCCUGGAGACAGAUAUAGGAACCACAGCUUCCACAUCAAAUACCUCAGCAAGACUGUUGGGGGUAAGUGGGAGGAGUCAGAACAGGUUAACACGUUGCAGGCAUUCUAUUCGCUUACGGGUCUUCAGCCUGGAACACAGUACCGCCUCCUCAUCACCCAUGGCAACUACACACACUGGGAGGACGAGAUACAGACCACCGGUCCAGAGCUACGUGGUGUGGAAGGUGAUUUUGCUACUCAAGGCUGGUUCAUAGGGCUGAUCAGUGCUGUAGUGUUGCUGUUGUUGCUGCUUCUGGUUCUCUGUUUCAUCAAGAGGAGUAAAGGGGGCAAGUACGCAGUGAAAGACAAGGAAGAGAGUCAGAUGGACUCCGAGGCUCGGCCAAUCAAAGACGAGACGUUUGGAGAGUACAGAUCUCUGGAAAGUGAUGGUGAUGAGAAGCGGUCAGUCAGUCAGCCAUCUCUGUGUGUGGAGAGUAAACUGGGGAGUGACGACUCCCUUGCCGAAUACGGAGACAGUGUCGACAUCCAGUUCAACGAGGACGGCUCUUUCAUUGGUCAAUACAGCGGCCGAGGGCCCGCCCCUACAGGAAAUGAGAGCUCUGGCCCCGCCUCCCCUGUCAAUCUAGACCCACCGCCUCCUCCGAUAGGCCCCUCCUUCGCUGGAAUACUGGACAGGACCAGUUAAAUAGAACAGACACACACACCAUCAGACCGCCUGCAUGAAGACCUCUCAUUCCUGACACUACUGCCAUCAGACUGCCUGCAUGAAGACACAUCAUUCCUGACACUACUGCCCUCAGACUGCCUGCAUGAAGACACAUCAUUCCUGACACUACUGCCUGCCUGCCUGCUAGACAUACACAAGUCCAGUACAUUCCAUGGGGGUACAGAGAAGUCAUUUACAGAUCAGCUUGCCUUCUCUACUCCACGUUUACACACACGGUAAUACACACAGGGUAGUACACACAUCUGGUUACACACAGUAAUACACACACUCAGAAUGCAGCAGCCACUACUCCAAAACCCUUUGACGCAGUGUACCAUAGCGCACUUCGUUUUAUCACAGGUAACAGGUUUAAUCCUCACCACUGCGUCCUUUAUCAGAAGGUCUGCUCAACAUCAAUAAAAUCUCCUAGAACACUUCAUUACUCCCUUUUUGUUGACAAAGCAUCCAACACUUAUCUUAAAAUGUAAAAUGCAAUGCACCAAACUCGCUCACAGGGCUGGUCAACUCUUAAGGUCCCUCGUGUCUCUACCAACCAAUCAGAUUUUAGUUUCAACACCCCCCCCCCCCCCCCCCCCCCAUCUUGAAUCCCUGGUGCCAAUAGGGCAGUUUAGAAUCCUGAUGGAACUCACUGAUGUGUGUGAGGGUUCUUUAGAAUGCUGAUGGAACUCACUGAUGUGUGUGAGUGUUCUUUAGAAUGCUGAUGGAGCUCACUGAUGUGUGUGAGGGUUCUUUAGAAUGCUGAUGGAACUCACUGAUGUGUGUGAGGGUUCUUUAGAAUGCUGAUGGAACUCACUGAUGUGUGUGAGUGUUCUUUAGAAUUCUGAUGGAACUCACUGAUGUGUGUGAGUGUUCUUUAGAAUGCUGAUGGAACUCACUGAUGUGUGUGAGUGUUCUUUAGAAUGCUGAUGGAACUCACUGAUGUGUGUGAGUGUUCUUUAGAAUGCUGAUGGAGCUCACUGAUGUGUGUGAGGGUUCUUUAGAAUGCUGAUGGAACUCACUGAUGUGUGUGAGUGUUCUUUAGAAUGCUGAUGGAACUCACUGAUGUGUGUGAGGGUUCUUUAGAAUGCUGAUGGAACUCACUGAUGUGUGUGAGUGUUCUUUAGAAUGCUGAUGGAACUCACUGAUGAGUGUUCUGGUUGACUGUAAUAAUGUAUUUGUGUUGUAGUGUUUCUGUAACUGCUGUUUUAUUAAAUGAUCAUAUUGAAUAGUUUGUUCUCAGGGCACCACUGAGACGUUGGGCUUCCCUGAACACAUACAAGUUUAAUAAAAACACACACCUAAGAGCCCGACCAAACCCUGACACUCUUAGUCCAACCAUCCGUCCUUCUCUCCAUCUCUCCAUCUCCUCUCCUCAUCCCUCCUCUUCUCUCCAUCUCUCCGUCUCUCCUCCCCUGAGAGAGAAGGGGUAGGAGAUGAAGAGAAGAGAAACCUUAUCCUUACCCUAACCCUCAUACUAACCCUAACCUUUAAACCCUAAUUCUAACUUGUAAUUGUAACCCUAAAACUUAAAAUAGCCUUUUUCCUUGUGGGGACCAGCAAAAUGUUCCCACUUGUCUGAAUGUUCCUUGUUUUACUUAUGGUACCCCCAAUGAUAGUACAAACACACACACACACACACACUCUCUCUCUUCUCCUCUUUCUGUCUUUCUCUCUCUUUCUCUUUCUCUUUCUCUUUCUCUUCUCUUCUCCCGCCCCUAUGGAAUCCAUGGACUAGUCAAGCUCUGUAGCAAACUUCUACUACUGGGCUGAAGGAGGAGGGGGCAAUGGAGGAAGGAAGAACAGAGGAGGGAGAGGGAGGUAGAGAGAUGGAGAGAAGAGGGAGGAGAGAAUCAGAAGUAUCAUUCUCUGAAUGUAAAUAGAAGCUGAAGAUUGUUAUCUAUCUGAUCAUUAUUUGAUCAUUUCAAUUGAUCCUUUUUCAAAGUGAUUAGUUUAAUGUAACUUGGUUUUGUAGCUCCCACUGCUCUCUUCAGUUAGACUGCUGUUCCUGUGUGUCAUCAUAUCUAUGAUAAUAAUCAUCACAACCUGGAUGGUUUCACUCUUUCUGUAUUGGCUUGUAGUCCAGACGCUUGUGUUUAGAUCCUAGAAAAUCGUUCAACUUAUGUUUCUGUAUGUUAGAUAAACAGCAGCUAGAGAUUAUUGAUAAGAAAUGUCAUCUGUAACAAUUUAUUAGUUAACAUUGAUAAGUAAUGUCAUCUGUAGAACAAUUUAUUAGUUAACAUUGAUAAGUAAUGUCAUAUCUGUAACAAUUUAUUAGUUAACAUUGAUAAGAAAUGUCAUCUGUAACAAUUUAUUAGUUAACAUUGAUAAGAAAUGUCAUCUGUAGAACAAUUUAUUAGUUAACAUUGAUAAGUAAUGUCAUAUCUGUAACAAUUUAUUAGUUAACAUUGAUAAGUAAUGUCAUAUCUGUAAAACAAAAAGGACAAACCAAAGUUCAGUCAACGUUAAAAGAACAUGAUAUCAUCAUUACAUCAUCGCCAGGAGUAGAAGCUCAACGCAUCACGUCUUUUGAAAAGUGGGCAGGGCAAAGAGGAACAGGAGAGAAGCCUGUUUGGCCCAGAGCACAGAGGCCAGUUUGGGGUGUUGUUCCAGGUAUAGCAGUGUCCCUGGGCAUCUCAGAAGAUUGAUAUGUCAUAUUAAUGUGGUUGAACACUUUUAACGGCAUUGUGAGCAGAGAGACUGCAAUAUAGACAAACUGGAAUGAACCCAAUACGCUCUACAGACUCCUCCCUGGUCUUGUCCAGCCUCUGCUCUAUGCUAGUCGGUACUAGGAAAGUUAGACAUUUCCGACUUGCUAAUUUGUUGAAUAUGGCAAGUACAACAAUUAGCAUGCAAGAGAUUUUGGAGUUUCCUAGUUCCGACUAAGAAGUUAAUGUGCCAUAUCUGUCAGGCUGUCUGGGUCAAUUCAGUUUUGAAGUAAUGAGUUGAAAAAUCCUCUUAGGUUAAUUUCCAAUUGAUUUCUGUCUGCCUGUCUGUCGUCUGUCUGUCUCUGUCUGUCGCAGCCUUCUUUUACAACUAUAAACACAGAGAAAAACAACAAAAACUACAAAAGGGAAAUCUUUAAAUAUGAAUAUUUUACAAUAACCAAUAAGUAUAUGACUAAUAUUAAUAAUAAUAUCAACAUUAAUAUUAAUACUGAAGUCUCACAUAGGUACUGGGGGAGGAAGGGAGGGAUGAACACAGAGGGGAGGGUUAAACAACUGAUAUUGUACCUGCUUGUUGUGUAUCUUAUUAAUUAACCCCACAGCUAAUAAUAAACUGGGACUAUGCAUAACUAA